AUGGUUUAUUAUGGUUUGAAGGUGGCUAGAACUGAAGAUCUCGUCAGUUUGGCUGCUUUUAAUCUCACCAACAGCCAACUUCAAAGAAGAAAAAAGAAAGAAAAGAAAUGUUUUGGAAAAAUUGUUCACCUUAACCAUUCCCGAACCCUAGUUUUUCUUGGCAAAACCGGCAACGGAAAAAGUGCAACAGGGAACAACAUCUUUUACAAAGAAGAUUUCAAUUCUGAGUGUAGUCUUGAUGGUGUUACAACUAAGUGCGAGUUGCAGUCGACCACAUCUCCAGAUGGACACAUUCUUAAUAUGAUUGAUACACCAGGGUUAUUUGGAUUUUCACCAGGGCCAACAGAGACGAUUGAAGAGAUCAGUAGAUGUAUUAAUUUUGCUAAGAAUGGAAUCCACGCUAUUCUUUUUUUUUUUCGAUUAAGAAUCGUUUCUCGAAAGAAGAAGAAGAAGAAGCUAAACCUUAAAGAAUCGACCCAUUUGUGCAAAAACCGAUUGGUUCUUUUUGAUAAUGUGACUGCAGAUAGGAGUAAGCGGACCAAACAAGUCCUAUACAAAUGA